AGGAUAUUCUUUUAUUUGCAAAUCUUCCCACACCAACAACAACAUAAUCUUGCUUGCCAGAAACAUAAUAAUAAUACAUUGUUCGCAUUAUAAGAAACCCCUUUUUACAGUAUCAAGAAGAAUCACAACAAGCUACUAGAUCCCAGAGAUUAUAAACACAGUGAUGAAAAGGGUUUUGUGAAAUCAAACCUAAGAAGAAAAAUGUUGAAGGACCCUGAUAUACGAGAAUCUUCUGCCUCUUGUACAUUGUAAUAUAUAGACAAUAUUUCCUUCUUUUUUUUUUGGUUUGGUUGUAAGAAAAGUUUGUUUCUGGGAAAAUGGGUUUUUUUGGAUUUUGAUUUGUAAUUUAGGACAAAAGUCUUUAGUAUAGUGUUUUGUUGUAAAAAAAAAAAACACCUUAUAAUGGGGGGUUGUGGAUACCAUUUCCCUUGCUUCCUCUUCUUGAUCAUUAGCCUUCAAGCUCCUCUCUCCUUGUCCCUCAAUUCCCAAGGAUCCGCAUUGUUGAAAUUCCGGGAAAGAGUGGACUCGGAUCCUCAUGGAACUCUUGCAAAUUGGAAUAUUUCUGGUAAUGAUCUCUGCUUAUGGUCCGGGGUUACUUGCGUUGACGGUAAAGUGCAGAUUCUGGAUCUUAGCGGAUGUUCUUUGGAAGGAACGUUAGCUCCUGAGCUUAGCCAAUUGAGUAACUUAAGAUCUCUAAUACUCUCUAGGAAUCAUUUCUCCGGUGGAAUUCCUAAGGAGUAUGGGAGUUUCGAAAAUUUGGAAGUCUUGGAUUUGAGAGAUAACGAUUUGAGCGGACAGAUUCCACCUGAGCUAAGCAAUGACUUAUCGCUAAAACACUUGUUGCUUUCUGGUAACAAAUUUUCGGCUGAUGUGAGAAUAAAGAUCCUGAGACUCCAAUCGUCGUAUGAAGUCCGUGUAAACAAGAGUCCAAAGUUAUCUCCUUUGGCUGUUCUCGGCUGUGCAAAUAGAAGACUUGGACAUUGUGUUUCAAGAAACAGUUACGUUCGAGUGAAAAAGGUAGAAGCUCUUGUAUUCCGGAUCAAAGCAACUUCUAGACGUUUCUUGAAAGCAAUCCCGAGUUUUAUGGAGGAAACUAAUAUCUUCAAACGACGUGAGUUACUCGAGGAGACAAGUAAUUUGGCGGCUGAGCCUGCUCCUUCCGCUCCUAGUCCUUCUCCCGGGAUUAUAACUGAAGCUUCCCCUCGGAGCAGCGGGUCUUUCCCUGCAGUAACCAAUGCAAAGAAGAGAAAACCGCCUUUAGUCCUUCCAUUGCCUACUCCUGAUAAAGACUCCAGUCCUGAUUCCUCUAAGAAUCAGCCACAAGAUAACAAACAGACAAAAAGAUCUAAACAUGUGUGGCUCUAUGUGAUUAUUGCGGUUGCUUCUUUCGUCGGUUUACUGAUUAUACUAGCGGGUAUAUUAUUCUGCCGGAAGAGAGCUGUAAAGAGCAUAGGUCCUUGGAAAACUGGUCUUAGUGGACAAUUGCAGAAAGCUUUUGUUACCGGGGUACCAAAGCUCAAUCGGUCUGAGCUAGAAACAGCGUGUGAAGACUUCAGCAACAUUAUAGAGACAUUCGACGGUUACACUGUGUAUAAAGGAACCUUGUCGAGUGGUGUUGAGAUAGCGGUGGCUUCAACCGCAAUCCCCGAGACUAAAGAAUGGACAAGAGCCAUGGAAAUGGCAUACCGUAGAAAGAUUGAUGCACUGUCGCGGAUCAACCAUAAGAACUUUGUGAAUCUGAUUGGAUAUUGUGAAGAAGAUGAACCUUUUAAUAGGAUGAUGGUCUUUGAAUAUGCUCCAAAUGGAACCCUUUUCGAACAUUUGCACGAUAAGGAGCUGGAGCAUCUUGAUUGGAGCGCACGGAUGAGAAUAAUAAUGGGGACGGCUUAUUGUCUGCAACAUAUGCACGAGAUGAACCCUCCCAUGGCACAUUCAGACUUCAACUCAUCCGAAAUCUAUCUAACCGAUGACUACGCAGCCAAGGUCUCGGAGAUUCCUUUCAACUUAGAGGCAAGAUUAAAUCCGAAGAAACAAGUGGGUGGUGACUUGGAGCAAACGUCAUUGCUACUACCUCCAGAGCCAGAGGCUAAUGUCUAUAGCUUCGGAGUCUUAAUGCUCGAAAUAAUCUCCGGAAAGCUCUCUUUCUCAGACGAAUACGGAUCUAUCGAGCAAUGGGCAUCAAAGUACCUUGAAAACGACGACUUAGGAGGAAUGAUAGAUCCAUCGUUAAAGACAUUCAAAGAAGAAGAGCUUGAAGUGGUAUGCGAUGUGAUACGAGAAUGUCUAAAAACAGAGCAGAGACAUCGGCCUUCAAUGAAAAAUGUAGCGGAACAACUAAAGCAAGUCAUCAACAUAACUCCUGAGAAAGCUACUCCUAGGUCAUCUCCCCUUUGGUGGGCAGAGCUCGAGAUCUUGUCUUCUGAAGCAACGUAACUUGACCAAUCAGAGGUUUCUCCUAAUUCAUUAUCAAUGCUCUCUCUCUCUUAACGUUGUAUCAUUUUUUUCUCUUCUUUUUCUUAUAUGAGCUUUUGGUUUCUUGAUUUUUUCAACGUUCAGUUUGUUUUGAUUAGUGUUUCCUUCUCGAUGGAUUUGAUAUAUACGAGUUUCGAUAUGUGUUUGUAUAAUGCAUAGUACACUAGUAUAUAUCACGUAUUGGACGUAUUAUUUUGUGAUGCAAAAA